AUGUCCAUCCCUCAGUCCUGCUCUGUGCUUGUGGUGGGAGGUGGCCCCGCCGGUUCGUACGCGGCGGCAGCCAUUGCGCGUGAAGGGACGAAUGUUGUUUUGCUUGAGGCCGACAUUUUUCCGAGAUACCACAUCGGCGAGUCGAUGCUUGCCUCGAUGCGCCAUUUCAUCCGCUUCAUUGAUCUCGAGAAAACGUUUGACGACUACGGCUUUCGAAGAAAGGCAGGUAUUCCUUCGUAUGGAAUUAACGGCGCAGCAUUCAAGUUGAACAACAAGCGAGCAGGCUAUACCGACUUCCUCGCCGCCAACGGCCCAAGUGGCUAUUCUUGGAACGUGAUCCGUUCCGAAUCGGACAAGUUGAUGUUCGACCACGCCGAAAAGAGCGGCGCCCACACGUUCCAGGGCGUCAAGGUCGAGUCUGUACAAUUCGUCCCGGCCCCAGACUUCCCCGAGGAUGAAAGGAUCUGCAACCCAGGGCGGGCAGUAUCGGCGACCUGGUCGCGGAAGGCGGAUGGCGCCACCGGUUUGAUCAAAUUCGACUACAUCGUCGACGCCAGCGGGCGCAACGGCAUCAUCUCGACCCAGUACCUCAAGAACCGCAAGUUCAACCAGGCGCUCAAGAACCAGGCCAACUGGGGCUAUUGGAGAGGCGCCAAGACGUAUGCUCCGGGCACACAUAUGGAGGGUGCGCCCCUUUUCGAGGCCUUAACCGACCAGAGCGGUUGGUGCUGGGCGAUCCCCCUCCACGACGGUACCCUGUCUGUCGGCAUCGUCAUGCGGCAGGACUUGUCUCUGGCCCGCAAGAAGGGCCUGGGCUCACCUUCGAUGGUCGAGUUUUACAAGGACUGUCUGACUCUGUCUCCGGAGAUCCACGCCCGACUGGCCGAAGCCGAGCUUGUUUCCCCUACGAUCAAGGCCGCCUCGGACUGGUCGUACAGUGCCUCGGCGUAUGCGGGCCCCAACUUCCGCCUGGCGGGCGAUGCGGGAUGUUUUAUCGAUCCGUAUUUCAGCUCAGGGGUGCAUCUUGCGCUGGCCAGCGGUCUGUCCGCUGCCAUGACCAUCCAAGCAUCCAUUCGAGGCGAUUGCACCGAAUUUCAGGCGGCCAAGUGCCACUCAGCCCGCGUCGCUGAGAGCUAUUCGCGCUUUCUCUUGGUGGUGAUGACGGCCUUGAAGCAGAUCCGUAAGGGAAAUGAGCCGGUACUGAGCGACUUUGACGAGGACGGAUUUGAUAGGGCCUUUUCAUUCUUCCGGCCGAUCAUCCAGGGUCUCGCAGAUGCCGACACAAGCGGCAAGCUCACGCAGGGCGUCAUCUCCCAGUCGGUCGACUUCUGCCUGCACGCAUUUGAGAACAUCUCGACGGAAGCGCGCCAGGGCGUCCUCGACAAGCUCGAACGGGUCAAGGCGGACCCCAACGCUGAGACCAAGGAGGACCUUGAGAAACUCACUGAGGAAGAGCUGGGCAUCCUACGCACCAUUCGCGCGCGGCAGAUGCUACGCGGCGAGGAGGCCAUGGACGGCAUCACCAGCUUCUCGCAGGACGUCAUCGACGGUUUCGUGCCGAGGCUGAUCCGCGGCAGGCUGGGAAUGGACAAGGUGCACGGUCGCAUGGCUGCCCCGAAGUAUACCGAGAGCGUCUUCGAGUCGGGACUGGCCGAUAGGGAGGCCGCUCCCAGCUUGGGACAGAAGCCGGCGAGGGUUGUCCGGGGGUGAGGGAUAACAGAUGUAGAGAAAAAGGGGUUCCUGG